AUUUGAAUCAGCAUUACUGCGCAGAAUUCGUUUUAUAGGGUUUACCCACAGAUAACGGGUUUGUGAUUUUCCUCCGUUAAGAGUGCUGACCGCUGAUCAUUUCGUGACACGCCUUACAAAACGAAUAUGAGAUGCGGAUUUUUUUUAGCCAAACUUAAUUAAGAAGACGUCUGUCUUGGAUGACCCAAGCAUUCAGCGAUGCGGAACACCUGACAGAAAACUGUCCGACUGAUCGCUGGGAUUUCGGAGACAGCAAUUACGGACACUGUAUAUUAAUAUGGGGAAUUAGCCUAUUCAACAACUGUGAACUGGAUGUUUGUAGCUGCGGUCAUAUGAGCUGUGUCGCCUCAUUACCCAACAACGUCUGAACGAAAGGAUCCUCUAAGGUCCCGGGGUUGAAGAAGCGCGGGUUUAUGAUCGCAAGCUCCGGGUGAACUCAAGCCUACUCACGACGGACGAGCGGGCAGAGACUUGCCAUAUUUCUUAUCAGCCACCAGCUUUCCAAUCUUCAGUCGUUUAUACGCAUACGAUUUCAUGUUAGUAUCUGGCUAUAGGCCACCAAUUUAGACAUGCACAUUUAGUUACACCAGAGUAGACUAUGUGUGUUUCUCUAGGCUAUAGCUGUGGUUUCUUGUCAGCUCUAACACCGGCUCCAACGUAAAACGUAAAAUCGGGCAUAACAGCUGACAGAUUUUCAUGAAGCUAGUUGAUUAUCGGUACACGCCCCUCGCUUGUACAGGUAAACAUAUAAAUUGUUGUUUAGAAAAAAACAAACAAACAAACAAAAACAAAAAACAAAAAAACGCCGGCCAAUAUUAAGCGGUUAGCAAACGCCGUCCCUCAGAAUUUUGGUUUGAAGGGGGAACAGUAAGUUCAGUUCCUGCGCUCAUGCUGCACGUUUGAAGUCGAUGGUGCCACUGCAACGUGAGCAUGGCCGGUAAGACAGCUCCGCGCUGCCAGUUACGGCUGGAGUGGAUUCACGGGUACCGGGGCCAUCAGUGCCGCAACAACCUGUUCUACACCGCGGGAAAGGAGAUCGUGUACUUUGUGGCAGGAGUCGGCGUGGUGUACAACACGAGGGAACACACCCAGAAGUUUUAUUUGGGACACAAUGAUGACAUAAUUAGUCUUGCUCUGCACCCUGAUAAGAUCCAAGUGGCCACAGGCCAGGUGGGAAAGGACCCGUUCGUGUGCGUGUGGGACUCGUACUCGCUCACGACUGUGUCCAUCCUGAGAGAUGUGCACACGCACGGCGUGGCCUGCCUGGGCUUUGACACAGACGGGCAGCGUCUGGUGUCUGUUGGUCUCGACGCCAAAAACACUGUGUGUGUGUGGGAUUGGAAGAAAGGCCGGAUGCUGGCUACUGCCACGGGACAUUCUGAUAGGAUCUUUGAUAUUUCCUGGGACGCCUUCCUGCCUCAGAGACUAGUAAGCUGUGGAGUGAAGCACAUCAAAUUUUGGACAUUAUGUGGCAACGCGCUGACGCCCAAAAGGGGUAUCUUUGGGAAGGCGGGUGACCUGCAGACCAUCCUGUGUCUGGCGACGGCCAAGGAUGAGGUGACGUACUCAGGGGCUCUGAACGGAGACGUCUACGUGUGGAGGGGUCUGAACCUGGUCCGAACCAUCCAAGCUGCUCACGGGGCUGGGAUCUUCAGCAUGCACGCGUGUGAAGAAGGCUUCGCUACCGGCGGGCGGGAUGGCUGUGUGAGACUCUGGGAUGUCGACUUCAAGCCCAUCACCAAGAUCGACCUCCGGGAGGCCGAGCAGGGCUAUAAGGGUCUGUCUAUCCGCAGCGUGUGCUGGAAGGCCGACCGUAUCCUGGCUGGGACGCAGGACAGCGAGAUCUUCGAGGUGAUGGUGCGGGACAGGGAUAAGCCUCAGCUGGUCAUGCAGGGGCACUCAGAAGGGGAACUCUGGGCUCUGGACCUGCACCCCAAACAGCCAAUCGCAGUCACCGGCAGCGAUGACCGAUCUGUCCGGCUCUGGAGCCUGUCCGAUCACACGCUCAUCGCACGCUGCAACAUGGAGGAAGCCGUGCGCAGCGUGUCGUUCAACAGCGAUGGCUCUCAGCUCGCUCUGGGUAUGAAGGACGGCUCCUUCACCGUGCUUCGCGUCAGGGACAUGACGGAGGUGGUGCACAUCAAAGACAGGAAGGAGGUGAUCCACGAGCUGAAGUUCUCUCCGGACGGGUCCUACCUGGCUGUGGGCUCCAACGACGGCCUGGUGGACGUUUACGCCGUGGCCCAGCGCUAUAAGAAGGUGGGCGAGUGCAACAAGUCCACCUGCUUCAUCACCCACCUGGACUGGUCCGUCGACAGCCGUUUCCUGCAGACCAACGACGGCGCCGGGGAGAGGCUCUACUACCGGAUGCCAGCUGGGAAGUACCUUCCCAAGGAGGAGGCCAAAGGGAUCCACUGGAUGACAUGGACAGGUGUCCUAGGCCCCGAGGUCAAUGGGAUAUGGCCCAAGUACUCCAACGUCAACGAUAUCAACUCUGUGGAUGCCAACUACAGUAAUGCCGUACUGGUGACGGGGGAUGAUUUUGGUCUGGUCAAGCUGUUCAGAUUCCCGUGUCUUAAAAAAGCUGCCAAAUUUAAGAAGUAUAUAGGUCACUCCGCCCAUGUGACCAAUGUGCGCUGGUCACAUGACCUGCAGUGGGUUGUUAGCACGGGUGGGGCCGACCACUCUGUGUUCCAGUGGAGGUUUCUGCCGGAGGGCGUCAUGAAUGGCAUACUCGAACCCCUUCUCCAAGAGGGCUACGCUGACUCCAACAGCGGCGAUUCAGAUUCAGACCUGUCCGAUGUUCCUGAGCUGGACUCGGACAUUGAACAGGAAGCUCAGAUGAACUACGAACGCCAGGUGUAUAAGGAGGACCUCCCUCAACUGAAGCAGAAGCUUCUGGGCUCUCUGAAGAGGCAGAAAGCUCCAGACGAGGGCUUGAGUCUACAGUUUGUCCAUGGGUAUAGGGGUUGCGACUGCAGGAAUAAUCUGUUCUACACGCAGGCUGGUGAGGUGGUGUAUCAUGUGGCAGCCGUGGCCGUGGUGUACAACAGACAGCAGCAUGCCCAGCGCUUCUACCUGGGCCACGAUGACGACAUCCUCAGCCUCGCUAUGCACCCGCUCAAGGAUUAUGUGGCCACGGGGCAGGUGGGGCGAGACCCAGCCAUCCAUGUCUGGGACAUUCAGUCGCUGAAGUGUUUGUCUGUGCUGAGAGGUCAACACCAGCGAGGAGUGUGUGCGCUUGAGUUCACAGCUGAUGGGAAGAGCCUGGUGUCUGUGGGUAUCGAUGAUGGACACUCCAUCGUCAUGUGGGACUGGAAGAAGGGAGAGAAGCUAGCCAAAGCAUGGGGACACAAGGAAAAGAUCUUCGUGGUGAAGGGGAACCCAUUCCGCAUGGACAAGCUUCUCACAGUGGGCUUUAAGCAUAUCAAGUUCUGGCAGCACACAGGUGGAGGCUUGACGUUUAAGAGGGGAAUAUUUGGCAACCUGGGCAAGCAGGAGACCAUGAUGUCAGCGUGCUACGGGCGCUCUGAGGACCUGGUGUUCUCCGGGGCCAUGACAGGCGAUGUUUACAUCUGGAAGGACACCUCCCUGAUGAAGACCAUCAAGGCUCACGAUGGGCCUGUGUUUGCCAUGUGCUCUCUGGACAAGGGCUUUGUGACGGGAGGUAAGGACGGGAUAGUGGAGCUGUGGGACGAGAUGUUUGAGAGGCGUUUGAAGACCUACGCCAUCAAGAGGGCAGCUCUCUCCCCAUCCUCAAAAGGGCUGCUGCUGGAAGAUAACCCCUCCAUCAGGGCUAUCACCCUGGGCCACGGACACAUCCUGGUGGGGACCAAGAACGGAGAGAUCCUGGAGAUGGAUAAGAGCGGCCCGAUGACUCUUCUGGUUCAGGGUCAUAUGGAGGGCGAGGUAUGGGGUCUUGCUGCUCACCCUCUGCUGCCUAUAUGCGCCACUGUGAGUGAUGACAAAACUCUCCGCAUCUGGGAGCUCUCUGCCAACCAUCGAAUGGUGGCUGUUCGCAAACUCAAAAAAGGUGGUAGAUGCUGUGCCUUCUCCCCGGAUGGGAAAGCCUUAGCUGUAGGUCUGAAUGACGGCAGCUUCCUGGUGGUGAAUGCAGAUACUCUGGAGGACAUGGUGACCUUUCACCACAGGAAGGAAAUCAUCUCUGACCUCAAGUUCUCUCAAGGUAACAUCUAUGCUGGAAAAUAUCUAGCGGUGGCCUCCCAUGAUUGCUAUGUGGACAUCUACAAUGUUCUGACUAGUAAGAGAGUAGGAAUCUGUAAAGGCUCCACGAGCUACAUCACCCACAUCGACUGGGACACCCGCGGUAAAUUGCUGCAGGUCAACACUGGUGCCAAAGAGCAUUUGUUUUUUGAAGCUCCUCGUGGGAGGAGACAGAACAUCUCAGCUGCUGAGUUUGAGAAGGUGGAGUGGGCCUCGUGGACUUCUGUCCUGGGCCCCACCUGUGAGGGGAUCUGGCCCACGCUUAGUUUCGUCAAUGCCUCUUCACUUACCAAAGACAGGAAGCUGCUGGCUACCGGCGAUGACUUUGGCUUCAUCAAACUGUUCAGCUUUCCCUGCAAGGGGCAGUUUGCCAAAUUUAAGAAGUACGUGGGCCAUAGUGCCAAUGUGACGAAUGUGCGAUGGUCCAGUGAUGACACCAUGCUGCUGUCUGUGGGCGGGGCAGACACCGCGCUGAUGAUCUGGGCGAGAGAGGGGAUUGGCCCACGUGAGAGCAAAGCCGUCGACAGUGAAGAGUCCGACGACGAUGUGGAGGAAGAUGGAGGAUAUGACAGCGAUGUGGCCAGAGAGAAGAACAUGGAUUACCCCACUAAAAUCCAUGCUGUCAGCAUCAGAGAGAUGAGUGGUGUUAAGCCUCACCAACAGCAGAAGGAGAUUCCAGUGGAUGAGCGGCCCCCAGUAAGCAGAGCAGCCCCGUUACCAGAGAAACUGCUAAAAAAUAACAUCACCAAGAAGAAGAAACUAGUGGAGGAACUGGCACUUGAUCAUGUUUUUGGAUACAGAGGCUUUGACUGCCGUAACAAUCUGCACUACCUCAACGAUGGAGCUGACAUCAUCUUUCACACAGCAGCUGCAGCUGUGAUCCAGAACCUCUCUGCUGGCACACAGAGCUUUUACCUUGAACACACAGAUGACAUCCUCUGCCUCACUGUCAACCAACAUCCCAAAUAUCUAAACAUCAUCGCCACAGGCCAGAUAGGCGAGAUCACUGAUCUGCCAGGCCUGGCACCCUCCAUCCAUGUGUGGGAUGCGAUGAGCAAACAGACGCUCUCUGUGUUACGCUGCUCCCAUGCUAAAGGUGUCGGCUACGUCAACUUCAGCGCCACUGGAAAAUUGCUGCUAUCUGUGGGAGUGGAUCCUGAGUACACCAUAACUGUGUGGCGUUGGCAGGAAGGAGCUAAAGUAAGUAGCAAGGCAGGCCACUCUGACCGGAUCUUUGUGGUGGAGUUCCGGCCCGACUCCGACACCCAGUUCGUGUCCGUGGGGAUCAAGCAUAUCAAGUUCUGGACAUUGGUGGGGUGCUCGCUCCUGCAUAAGAAAGGCGUGCUAGGGGCAGUGGAAGAGGGACGCAUACAGACCAUGCUCUCUGUGGCCUUCGGCGCUAAUAACCUGACAUUCACGGGUGCCAUCAAUGGCGACGUGUACGUGUGGAGGGAUCAUUUCCUGGUGCGGGUGGUGGCCAAAGCUCACACGGGUCCCGUCUUUACCAUGUACACCACCCUACGAGAUGGCCUCAUUGUCACCGGGGGCAAGGAGAGACCGACUAAAGAGGGGGGAGCAGUGAAGCUGUGGGAUCAGGAGAUGAAGAGGUGUCGUGCGUUUCAACUAGAGACUGGCCUCCCUGUUGAGAGCGUCAGAUCUGUGUGCAGGGGAAAGGGUAAGAUCUUGGUGGGGACGAAGGAUGGAGAGAUCAUAGAGGUGGGAGAGAAGAACGCCGCCUCCAACACCCUGAUAAACGGACACACCCAGGGGCGUAUCUGGGGCCUGGCCACACACCCCUCCAAAGACAUUUUCAUCUCAGCCAGCGACGACGGAACCAUCCGCAUCUGGGAUUUAACCGAUAAAAAACUUCUGAACAAGGUGAGCCUGGGUCACCCGGCCAAGUGCACGGCGUUUAGUCCCAACGGUGAAAUGGUAGCCAUCGGCAUGGGGAACGGAGAGUUCAUCGUGCUGCUGGUCAACUCACUCACCGUGUGGGGCAAGAAAAGAGACCGCAGCGUAGCCACGCAGGAAAUACGGUUCAGUCCUGAUAACCGCCUGUUGGCAGUGGGCUCAGUAGAGGGCGCUGUGGACUUCUACGACUUGACACUGGGGUCCUCCCUCAACCGCAUCGGCUACGCCAAAGACAUCCUGGGUUUCGUCAUCCAGCUCGACUUCUCUGCCGACAGCAAGUUCAUCGCGGUUUCUACGGGAUGCUAUAAGCGGCAGGUGCACGAGGUGCCCAGCGGCAAGACUGUGACCGAGCAGGCGGUUGCGGACCGGAUCACGUGGGCCACCUGGACCAGCAUCCUGGGCGACGAGGUGCUGGGCGCGUGGCCCCGCAACGCCGACAGGGCCGACGUGACGUGUGCCUGCGUCUCGCACGCGGGCCUCAACACGGUCACCGGCGACGACUUCGGCCUCGUCAAGCUCUUCGACUUCCCCUGCGCUGAGAAGUUUGCCAAACACAAGCGCUACUUUGGCCACUCGGCUCACGUGACCAACAUCCGCUUCUCCUACGAUGACAAAUAUGUGAUAAGCGUUGGAGGCAACGACUGCAGUGUUUUCGUAUGGAGAUGUCUGUGAUGAGGUGACUCAUUGUGCUGGAAAGCUCUCCACCAAACCAUAUCUACGAGGGAUUUCUCCCCAAUAC